AUGAGUCGCCCUCCUAGUUUGAGCGAGCUCUUACGAAGCAAAUCGAAGAUCAAGAACAAUGAUUUACUGAGGCCGAAGUUCUUAUCGAAAAGCGAGAGACAGAAGGUGAUUAAGCCUUCAAUUACUGCCCAGAGCCAACGGAAUUCACGUAGCCAACUGGGAAUGAGAAAAUUGUCUGAAUCGAAUGAAGAAGAGGGGCCGCAGAAUGCGUCCGAUCAUGUUAAAUCCACGGUAGUCAAACGAACAAAGUUUGCCUUCGAUUGGAGCGAAGAUUCUGACACUCUAGCGGGAUAUCAACCAAUUGUUAACCCGCAGCUUUCGUCAUUGCUGCAAAAUGAGCAACACAAUUCCUCUUUGGAGCUAGCUUAUAUGGGUAAACCGUGGCGAGAGAAAACCUGGGAAGAGAUGACCGAUAGAGAUUGGAGGAUUUUGAAGGAGGAGUUUGAAAUUACGACAAAAGGAGGCUCUAUUGAAAAUCCGCUGCGAAACUGGCAUGAGCUGGGCCUUCUAGGAAAAGAAUUGGAAAACAUUCUAGUCAAAAGACUGGGAUACAAAGAACCUACACCUAUUCAGAGAAUAGCAAUACCGAACAUUUGUAGAAAGGAUAAAAGAGAUUUUCUGGGGAUAGCUUCCACCGGUUCUGGUAAGACACUCGCGUUUUUGAUACCAAUUUUGACCAGAAUGAAUAACUCUCAACCACGACCGAUUGCGGUGAAGACACUCGAAGGACCCAAAGCGAUUGUUUUAGCGCCCACCCGAGAAUUGGCCCAGCAGAUUCAACAAGAGGCUAAAAAGAUGGUCGACUGUUGGAAUGUGCAGCAUCCGCAACAUUCAUAUCAAGUUGUUUCCAUUGUAGGCGGACAUUCUCUCGAAGAAAUUACUUUAGGUCUAUCUAACGGUACUGACAUCUUAGUGGCAACACCAGGAAGGCUGAUAGACUCUUUGGAAAGCCACCUUUUUUCCGCGAGGCAAGUGGAGAUGCUUGUGCUAGACGAGGCUGAUAAAAUGAUCGAUCUGGGUUUUGAAGAGCAGUUAACCAAGAUACUUAAUAUUCUAGAGGCAAGCUCGGAAGUAAUAACUAGAAGACAGACAAUUAUGUUCACCGCUACGAUGUCGCCCAGUGUCGAGCGGAUCGCCAACGGGUACCUGCAUAAACCAGCGUAUGCGACGGUGACAGGAACCGAAGCCUCCGUUCCACAAAUUCGGCAAAUCAUCUGCCACAUUUCGACCGACGAGCAACGGUUUCAAAAGAUUAAGGGCCUGCUCUCUGAAUAUUCGGCGCCCAUAAUUGUCUUCAUCACUUACAAGAAAACGGCGGAUUGGCUUGCCCAAAAGUUUUAUCAGGAAACGUCUGUCAAGGUUACGGUAUUACACGGUUCUAAGUCCCAGGAGCAAAGAGAGCAUUCCCUUCAGCUCCUACGGACCGGAAAGGUACAGGUCUUGAUUGCAAGUAACGUGGCGGCUCGAGGUUUGGAUAUACCGAAUGUUUCGCUGGUUUUAAACUUUCAAGUUCCCAAGCAAUUUGAAGAUUACAUUCAUAGAAUCGGGAGAACUGGGCGUGCAGGUUCAAAAGGAACAGCCGUUUCAUUCUUGGGUGAUGAUGAAAAUCCGGAAAUUGUAGAGGCAAUCUGGAAAUAUUCUCGAGAUAAUAAUCCCACAAAUUCUAACGAAUUUGACUAUUCAUUAAAGACUUUAUACAAGCUUGGAAAGAACGAAAUGAAUGAAAUCAUUCUAUAA